AUUGACGGCAUUUGCCGUUGAAAAAAUAGUAGCAUAUGAUUAUGAUUGUAAUACUCCGUUACUUUACAAAGCUCAAUUAAAAGCUACAUCAUAUACCAAAGGCGGUGAACCUUCAGAAGCUAAACUUUACGGUGACAGUUAAUGAAAAAAAACGAAUGAUAAAAAACAUUAGUAAUAUAAUAACUAAGAUGACUCACACCAGUGCACGAUGGUCGUUUAAUUGGUCUGAAUGGACUCCAACUGAGAAAGAGUUUCAGUUCGCAGUAGCCUGCUUGCAAUUAGAUGAAAAAGAACGAAUUGGGAGAUUUGUUUUCAAAAAAGAUGUAAAAGCCUCGCUUAUAGGCAGGUUAAUGAUGAAAAAAUUUAUCAAUGAAUAUGCAAAUAUUCCUUACAAUGAAAUCCUACUCACAAAAGAUGAGAACAAUCGACCCAUGCUUCAACAUCCAUCUCAAUUGGUUGAUUUUAAUGUGUCUCAUCAAGGAAAUUAUACGGUGUUUGCUGGAGAGCUUGGAAAUUUGAAGAUAGGCGUUGAUGUAAUGAAACGUGAAUACUCUGGUGGAAAAUCUCUAUCAGAAUUUUUUAGAAUUAUGAAUCGUAAUUUUACUAUUAAUGAAUGGACUGAAAUCAAAGGACCACCAGGCACUUCAGAAUCUGAACAAAUUGCUAUGUUUGUUAGACAUUGGGCCUUAAAAGAAAGUUACAGUAAAGCUCUUGGGUGUGGAAUUACAGUAGAUUUAGACAGUUUAGAUUUUAGAACAACGUCGAAACUUAAGGAGCAAGAAGUGAUUGAUGAUACAGUUUUAGAAAUAAAAGGAGUUCUUCAAGACUGGAUUUUUGAAGAAACUUUAAUUGAUAGUGAACAUUGUGUGGCUGUCACUUUACCAAAAAAUAUAAAAAGUGAAUCUAGGAAAAAAACAUUUGAAAGACUUGAUUUUAAUCAAUUAAUGGCAAAUGCAGUACCUAUUUUUGAAUGUGAUCGUGAUUUUUGUAAAUCAUAUUUUAGUAAAGAUGAAAAACCAAUUUUAUAAUGAUUGUAUGCAAUUGUCAGUGGUCAUUUACAAAUUUCAAAAUAAAAACGAGU